GUUCCAAAAAGAAAAGCAUUGUCCUGAAACGAAAUCCUGGAGACAUUUGGGUGAACCAGUACAACAAAGACUUACUCCGUGCUUGGCAAGGCAAUAUGGAUAUCCAGUAUGUCACAGAUGCCUUUUCAGUUGUGGUCUACAUACUGUCGUAUAUCACAAAAGCAGAACAAGAAAUGGGUUUGCUCUUACAACGUGCCCAAGACGAAUCAAUGAAUGGCAACCUUGAUGCAAAAGCAGCAUUCAAACAGCUUGGAAGUGUUUACCUACACAACAGAGAAGUUUCAGCCCAAGAGGCAGUGUAUCGAUUAACACACAUGCACUUGAAAGAAUGCUCUCGUGACGUACAGUUUAUUCCAGUUGGUGAUAAUCCUGUUAGGAUGAGUUUACCGUUGCAUGUCCUCCAAACUAAAGCCCAAUUCCAACAGUGUAAUGAUGAAAGCAGCAUUUGGAUGACCAAUGUGAUUGAGAGGUAUAAGAGCAGACCCCAGAAUGAACAAUUUGAGGAUUUAUGCCUGGCCAGUUUUUGUUCUGAAUACAGAGUUCUAUCAAAGUCACAGGUUCCGACUGAAAGAGAUUCACAUGACAUAAUACAGCUCAACAACAACUGUGGCUUUGUGAAAAGAAGGACCCGAACUGAACCUGCUGUUGUGAGGUAUCCCAGAUUUUCACCCACAAAAAACCCUGAAAAGUACUUCCAUUCGUUGCUGCAACUGUUUCUGCCUUACUAUGAAGACUAUCACCUCAAACCGCCCCAGUUUGAUACAUAUGAACAUUUCUAUAAAAAUGGUGCAGUGAAAUGUGGUGUUGAUGUUCAAAGAGUGCAGUCGAUUGUGGAUACCAACAAAGCUUUAUUUGAAAAAGAAAGUGAUGAGAUUGACAGAGCUAAACAGUUGCUGGAAGACAAAAUUGAUUUAGAAGAUGCCUGGGCUCAGAUAUGUCCUGAAACAGAAAGGGAGCGUCUUCGUUGUUUGGAUCUGAUGAAAGAAAAAGUUGUAGAUGAUGAAGGUGAUGAUGAUGACAAACUCAUUCCUGACCUGACAGCAAACCCACAGACUACAUGCACUUUGGAAACAAAUCAUGUGUCAAUGCCCAGACAAGAUGCAUUGCAUUUAUUACGAUCAUUAAAUGAAGAACAGUCUACCAUAUUCUAUGCUGUUCGUAAGUGGUGUUUGCAGAAACUGUUUGGACAAAAUCCUGAACCGUUGCGAUUAUUCAUUACUGGUGGAGCAGGAACGGGGAAAAGUCAUUUAAUCAAAGCGAUACAUUACGAAUCUACCAGGCUGUUGUCACAGAUUGCUGAAAAUCCUGAGGAUCUCACUGUGCUUCUAACAGCACCUACAGGAGUGGCUGCAUAUAACAUUGGUGCUGCAACAAUUCACAAUACAUUCUCCAUUGGUGCAAAUGUCAAACUGCCAUAUCAACCACUAGGUGAUGAGAAAGUAAAUUCUUUGCGAACCAAAAUGGGCAGCUUGCAAAUUCUGAUCAUUGAUGAAGUGUCCAUGGUCGACCACCGUCUUUUGGCCUACAUUCAUGGUAGACUGCGUCAAAUCAAGCAGACUGGUGAUUAUUCCUUGUUUGCAAAAGUUUCCCUGAUUUGUGUGGGUGAUUUUUUCCAACUCAAGCCUGUGAAAGGAACACCUCUUUUUGCUGAAAACAAAGGAGCCAACCUGUGGGACAAUAACUUUGAGGUUGCAGAACUGACUAAAGUUGUUAGACAAGAAAAUGCAGCAUUUGCGGAAAUGCUUAAUCGUCUCAGAGUCCGUAAAAAGAACGAACCUCUCACCGACUGUGAUGUUCUCACACUGAGGCAGCGUGAAACUGAGACGUGGCUCAAUCCUUUGCAGCGCUGA